GGUGUUUUUUUUCCUUCCCUUCCUUUUCUCCUUCCAGCUCCCACCAUGGCUGCGGUAAGACCUCACCCGGUGGCGGGCCCUCCCCCGUCACUGGCCCGGCUCUUGGCCACAGCCCUGCUGCUCUUGCACAUGGUUCUCGGGGCCACCGCCUCCCUGGGCGGCCCCCCCUCGGGCGCGCCGUCGCCCAGCGCCACGGCCAUGGCGGCCUCCUCCGGAGCAGGCCCUGGCCGGCUGCCGGGACUUGCCCGUCGGCUUGCCACCACCGAUUGCGAUCCCACGUGCAGUUCCUGCUUUGCCCCGGGGCCCGGCAAUUGCCAUGCCUGCCUGGCCACGGCCGCUGAGCAUGUGCUCUUCGAGAGCGACUGCGUGAGCGUCUGCCCGCCGGGCUUUGCUGCCGCCCCGGGCUCUGGCAUCUGCCUGCCCUGCCGGGCCACCUGCGCCACCUGUGCGCCGGAUGGCCAGUGCACCGACUGCCCGGCUGGGCGCACGCUGGAGGCCACCGGCGCCUGCUCCCCGGAUGGCGGCUGCCCGGCCGGGACCUUCUCCCAGGGGGAGGGAUCUCCCGCCUGUGCAUCCUGCCACUCCAGCUGCCUCGAAUGUGCCGGCCCCCUGGCCACCGAGUGCCUGCAGUGCCGGCAGGGCGAUCUGUUCAUGCCGGCCGGGGAGGCCGGCUCCUGCCGGUCCCCCUGUCCAUCCGGCCAAUUCCCCCUUCUGCACAUGGACACCAACGGCCCGGAGUACCGGUGCCAUGCCUGUGCCGCGGGCUGCCACACCUGUCGCAGCUCCACCGCCUGCGCCACCUGUGCCCCGGGGCUCCGUCUCACCGAGGCCGGUGCCUGCCGCGCGCCGGCCUCCUGCCCGGACGGCUUCCUCAAUGCCGGCGACGAGGGCGACUGCCAGCCCUGUGAUGAUGCCUGCGCCACCUGCCACGGCCCCAGCUCGGCCGAUUGCAUUACCUGCCCGGCCGACCACCUCCUCUUCCAGGGCACCUGCCUGUCCGCCUGCCCGGAGGGCAGCUUCCCCCAGGCCGGCCGGUGCCAGCCCUGCCACCGGUCCUGCCUGAGGUGUGAUGGCCCGGAUAGCACCAACUGCACGGCUUGCAUGGGGGCCGGGGCCCCGGCCCCCAAUGGGUCCGGCCCCUGCCUGGCCCCAUGUGCCAAUGGGCAGUUCUCCGAUGCCGGGGCCUGUCGGGCCUGUGACGCCUCUUGUGCCGCGUGCGCCGGGCCCGGGGCUGCCGACUGCACGGCCUGCCACCCGGAUCGCCUCCUCCGGGAGGGCCGCUGUGAGGCCCUCUGCCCGGUGGGCUUCUUCGCGGACCUGUCGCCGGCCACCGGGCCCCGGUGUGCCCCGGCUCAUCCGAGCUGUGUCCAUGCCACCGGCCCCGGUGCCGAUGCCUGUACCGCCUGCGAUGUGGGGCUCCUCCGCGCGGAUGGCCUUUGCCAGCCCGCCUGCCCGGCCGGGUCCUUCCCAUCCGAGGCGGUCAGCUGGCUCGGCUCGUCGGAGGGGGUGUGCGCCCUGUGCUCCACGGGCUGUGCCUCCUGCUCCGACAUCGACGUGUGCCGGGCCUGCAUCGCGGGCUUCGUCCUCCGCGAGCACCAGUCCUCCGGGCAGGUCACCUGCACGGAUGACUGUGGCUCCGGGCACUUCGCCGACCAUGCCAAUGGGCGCUGUGCCGCGUGCCAUGGCUCCUGCGCCAAGUGCUCCGGCCCGGGCACCUGCGACACAUGUGCCCCGGGCCUGGUGUUUGUGCACUCGGCGCCGGCCCUUUGCACGGACCAAUGCGGCGCCGGCCGCUUUGCCAAUCUCUCGGCCGGCGUGUGUCAGUCCUGCGCGGCGAAUUGCGCCGCAUGCGCCGGCACGGCCGCCACCUGCACCGCCUGCCCGGCUGGCAAGUUCCUCGACCCGCGCACCGACGGGUGUGUGGAGGAUUGCGGGAGCUCGCGCUUUGGCGAUGCCACCACCGGCAGCUGUGCCGCCUGCCUCGCCGGCUGCGGCACCUGCAAUGACGCCACCUCCUGCGAGGCUUGCCUCCCGGGGCUGGUGCUCGACCAGCAGGACGGCGUCACUGCCUGCUCCUCCGACUGUGCCCCAGGGCACUUCAUCAAUCUGGAGGCGGGCCUCUGCCAGCCGUGUGACACAUCGUGUGCCUCGUGCUACGGCAAUGCCGCCGCCUGCACCGGCUGCCCGAGUGGCCGCUUCCUCGACCCGGUUGAUGACACUUGCGUCGAGGACUGCGGCAGUGGGCGCUUCGCCGACCUUGCCGCCCGGCGUUGCGCCGCUUGCGCCCUGGAGUGCGCCCAGUGUGCUGACAGCGCGACCGCCUGCACCGCCUGCGCUCCCGGGUUCCGGCCCACUGGGGCCGGGUGCACGGCCUGCCCGGCCGGCUGUGCGGCUUGCUCCGGCUCCGCCGGCUGCGAUGCCUGCCUCAAUGGGUUCUGGCUUGACCCCGGGACGGGCUCCUGCGUUGUGCGGUGUCCCGAUGGUCUCUAUGCCGAUGUCAGCACCGGGGUCUGUGGCCCCUGCCAUGAAUCGUGCGCCGCGUGUGAUGGCCCCGCUGCCGGGGAUUGCAUCGUCUGUCCGGCCGGCCGGUUCCUCUGGCAGGGGGCCUGCUUGGCCAGCUGCCCGGCCGGGUCCUUUGCACAGGCCGAUGCCUGCCAGGCUUGCCAUGGCUCCUGCGUGACUUGUGCCGGCCCGGCCGACAACCAAUGCACCGGCUGCCCCCCGGGGCAUUCCCUCUGGCAGGGCGCCUGCUCGGGGAUCUGCCCGGAUGGCUUCUUCCUGGAGCCGGCCACCGGCGCCUGUGUCGGGUGUGACGCCGCCUGCUCGGCUUGCGUGGGUCCCCAGGCGGACCAGUGCACCGCCUGCCCGUCGGCGGAUGAGUGGCUGGUCACCGAUCAAACCCGCUGCACGGCCGACCCCUGCGCGGUGGGCUACGCGGCCCUGCAUCGGCCCCGGGCCGCUGGGGCCCCCGACCAGGCCCUUUGCCUGCCAUGCAUGGUGGACGGCUGUGCCGUGUGCGAUGAAGCCGCCGCCGAGGCGGCCCCCCCGGGGACGCCGGCCUGCGAGCCGGCGGCCGACCAUCCCCGUGGCUUCGCAUGCACCCAGGUGCCCAAGUGCGACCGUUGCCAGGCUGGGCUUGCCUUGCUGAGCGCCGCCACCGGGGGCCACCGUUGUGUGGAGGCCUGUCCGGAUGGGUUUUACCUGAGCCCGGCCGGGGAAGCGACCCCGGCCCAGUGUGCCCCCUGCGCCGGGGCCUGCCUUCUUUGUGAUGGUCCCUCAUCGGAGGACUGCAUCGAUGAUUCGUCGGCCGCCCCGCCGCCGGCCAACCGCACCAUCGGUGUGGGCGUCGGCGUCGGCGUCGGCGUGACCAUUCUUCUGGUGGGCCUGCUUCUGGUGGGAUUGCUGCUUUACCGGCGACGCCAGCAGGAUCCCACCCGGUCCAAGGCCGGCCUCGAGGGCAAUCUCGGCCUGACUCCACUCAACACCUUUUCCGAUCUCUCCCCUCCGGAUUCGGUCCUCGUGUCGGCCGAAAUCGACUUCAUGAUGCUCGAACCCCUCGGCGAGGGGCUUCAGGCAUCGGUCUCCUCCGCGCGCAUCCUCAACCCCCAGCUCCGGCAGACGCUGCAGACCCGGGGCUCGGUGGCCAUCAAAACCUAUCGUGAUCCCGCCUCGCCGGCUGGGCGCUCGGCCUUCCACAAUGAGAUCACCAUUCUCUGGACAUUGCGCGAGGAGUUCGGCAUUCUCAAGCUCCUGGCCUAUUCCGAGCAGCCGCGCGCCGCCAUCACCGAGCUCUACUACUCGUGCCUGGCCACGCUCCUCCGGUCGGAUCUCCCCCUCACGCCGCGGGCCAUGCUCCGGAUUGCCGUGCACUUUGCUUCUGGCCUUGCUGCCGUUCAUACCCGUGGUAUUGUCCAUCGGGACAUUCGUCCGGCCAACAUUCUCGUCCGUCAAUCGGAGGAUGGGAGCUGGAAUGCGGUCAUCGGCGACUUCGCCUCCUCCAAUGUCCUUUCCACCCUGCAGGAUGCCCCACCGAAUGCCUCCCGCCGCGCCCCGGCCCUGAACCCCGCGGCCGUGCCGUACUCCUCGCCCGAGCUCCUGUUCGCCUCCUCGCAACGCCGCUUCCUCGAGUACUCCGCACUCCGGGGAAGUGACGUUUUCUCCGCCGGCAUGGUUCUCUGGUGCAUCUUCUGCCGCAAGCUGCCCUGGUCCGGGCUCAAGAGCAGGAACAUUCGCCAGCAAGUCCUCGCCGGCGAGCGGCCCAGCCUGGCAGAGCUUAAAGCCAGCCUCGGUGGCCAGCCCGCCGAGCAGGCAGUCACCAGCCUCAUAGAACGGUGCUGGGAUGUGCAGCCCGAGGGACGCCCCUCGGCUCGUGACAUCCUUGCGCAGCUGGCCCCUUUUGCUCCAGGCUGACCUCUUCUCCUCUUCUUGCCCCGUAUCUAGAAAAAAAGCACACAUAAAAAGCAAUAAAUUUACUCUCUUCCCUCCCGCACAACACACACGGCACAUACACACACACACACAC